ACUAGUGGACAACAUACGCUGAGCUGGAUCCCCCACCCCCCACUUAUACCCCUGGGGUUCAUGGCGUCCCUUCAAUGUAUUCAAGAGGUCCACUUAUCUCUCGUCCUAGGCUCUCCUCCCAAUUUCAACUUCCCAUCCAAGGGGUAUCUUUGUUGUAAGUUGUAACCCUCUAUACCAAACCCAAAAACAUUACUACUCCGUAUACAAUCCAGAAUUACUCAUUUUGCUUUAAUUUCUUGAUGCUUUAUUGUAGAAUAAGAUAGGAUCUUUCAAAGUUGUAACAGCAAAAAUGGCGGCGCAGGUUCAUCUCCGUGCUAAUCAUUGCAUUUUGUUGCCGUCAACGUCAUUUUCUUCCUUGCACACAUUUUCUUUAGUGAAUUCUUCAAACCUAGGCGGCCUUGGGAGAUCCUUCUUGGGUUUAAAUGACAGAAUAUCAAUAGCAGAGAGGAGAGUGAUUAAAAGAAAGAAUGAUUCUUCUUCGGUCAUAAUUAGAGCGUCAGCGGGAGGUGCAGCAAUAUGGGAUGGUUUUAUGCCGGAAAAGAGCUCCAAAGCUCCAGCACUAAGUGACGUUUUCUGGCCUUCUGCAGGGGCAUUUGCGGCAAUGGCUAUGCUAGGAAAGAUAGACCAAAUAUUGGCACCGAAAGGGAUAUCAAUGACUAUAGCUCCAUUAGGAGCUGUUUGUGCUGUCCUCUUUGCCACCCCUUCUUCUCCUGGUGCUAGGAAGUACAAUAUGUUUAUGGCACAAAUCGGUUGUGCAGCCAUUGGUGUUUUGGCAUUCACAAUAUUGGGGCCAGGUUGGCUAGCUCGAAGCACAGCCCUUUCUGCCGCCAUGGCUUUCAUGAUUUAUACUCGUUCUGUUCAUCCUCCUGCUGCAAGUCUGCCGCUACUGUUCAUUGAUGGAGUUAAGCUGCAUCAGCUCAACUAUUGGUAUGCUCUGUUCCCUGGAGCUGCUGGUUGCAUUCUUCUAUGUUUAAUACAAGAGAUGGUGUGUUACCUAAAAGAGAAUGUCAAAUUCUGAUGUGAAAUGCGAUGCCUCGUAUGUGAGCUGUAUAAAAGUUCUUUUGCCUGGUCAAAAUUGAAGGUGCAACAGAGGAAUCCACCAUUUGCAAUCACGGAUUUGAUGAAAAUAUAUAUCGUGCAAUGUCAAGCGGAUAAUUCCGAUUUAUAUAUAGUUGUGAAUAAGAUAUGAUUCUCAUUCAACCCAGAAAAAUUAAAUACAUAUAGCUUUUUCUGGAAUUUGUUGUGUCAUGGAACUCAAUUGACGCUCUUUUAUUAGUAGAAAAUAUCACAAAUUUGUGAUCUUAAGCUA